UAUACAUAAUUUAGUUUGGCAAACUGCUGUAACAUAAUUUGACUUAAUUUUUUCGUCGUUGAUAAUACAUUCGUCAAAAUUGAUCCCUUAGCGACUGAGGAUUGUGCGGGCGUAAGCAACGCAAGAGAUAGCGUUUGCAAAAGCACCAAACAAAAGGGCGUUGGCGUCAUAGGUGCAAAAGAAAUAGCUGGCUGUAUUGAAGACCUCCUAGGACCUGCUUUACAAGACAAAGUGAUUUUGGAGCCUGUGGGAAGUUGCCACCAACUUGUGCUGCAUGACAAGCAGUCUGAAGUCAUGUCCGGUGAUCAAAAAGUGUUGUUAAAAGGUCAUUCAUCUCAGUAUGUGAAGCUAAAUGUUGGGGGUCGCUUGUAUUAUACUACAAUUGGAACACUGACAAAACAUAAUGAUACAAUGCUAAGCGCUAUGUUUAGUGGUCGCAUGGAGGUGUUAACUGAUUCGGAAGGUUGGAUAUUAAUAGAUCGCUGUGGAAAUCACUUCGGAAUCAUACUCAACUUUUUGCGCGAUGGCAGUGUCCCAUUACCCGAAACUAACAAAGAAAUAGCUGAGCUACAUGCAGAAUCAAAAUACUACUGCAUUACCGAGCUUGCCAUGUCAUGUGAACGGGCACUACAUGCACAUAUUGAGCCAAAACCUAUUUGCCGCAUUCCAUUGAUAACUUCACAAAAAGAGGAGCAACUUCUCAUUAGCGCGUCUUCAAAACCAGCUGUAAUAUUAGUGGUGCAGCGACAAAACAACAAGUAUUCAUACACAAGCACAUCCGAUGAUAAUUUAUUAAAAAAUAUUGAACUUUUUGACAAGCUCUCCUUGCGUUUCAACGAACGUAUAUUGUUCAUCAAAGAUGUUAUAGGUCCAAGUGAAAUAUGUUGCUGGUCCUUUUACGGGCACGGGAAAAAGGUUGCCGAAGUGUGUUGUACCUCUAUAGUUUAUGCAACUGAUCGAAAACAUACUAAAGUGGAAUUUCCUGAGGCACGUAUUUACGAAGAAACACUACAAGUGUUGCUAUACGAGAAUCGAAACGCUCCCGACCAAGAUUUAAUGCAGGCCACGUCAUCUGUACGCGUGGGUGGUGUCAGCGGGACUAGCAUGCAUCAGUAUACAAGCGACGAGGAGGAAGAGCGGACUGGACUUGCGCGAUUGCGAUCCAACAAGCGGAACAACCCUACAUGACAUGCAUAGGUUUUCAUUUAUUUUAGCUUUGUAUUGCUUUGCAUAGCUACCAGUUCAAAUCUUAUUUCUGACUUCUAUCCCCAAUACGUGUAUGUAUAUCUAUAAAGAGAUCGGCCGUGUUGGGAAUUAAUAUAUUUUUUAAUAAAAACCACAUUUGAAACUGUU